UGGGUUUGAGAGCUCCUCGGGAAGCGGCCGUACAAGCUCCCGAUUUGACACAGAUGAGAAUAGUAUUUAGGUGUCACAGGUCCAGGUGGAGUCAUGAGGGGUCGCAGCCAUCGGGCUGGACGAGCCGGGAGGAAGAGGAGGCAGAGACGAGAAAGCGUUGUCCAGUCAGUCUCUCUGUGUCACCAGCUGCAGUAUGUGAGGCUGAUGAAGUUUCUUCAUCAACGGGGAUUCACCUCAACGCUGCUGCAGCCAGCCCUCUUCACUGACACAGGCAGAGGACUGCAAGCUCUCAAGACCGUAAAGCCCGGCCAGCUGCUGAUUUCCCUGCCAGAGUCUUGUCUCCUUACAACCUCGACUGUCCUGAACAGCUACCUGGGACAGUAUAUCAAGAGCUGGAAGCCGCGGCUCUCUCCCCUGCUGGCGCUCUGUGCCUUCCUGGUUUGCGAGCGGCACAGAGGAGAGGCCUCUGAUUGGUUCCCGUACAUCGACGCGCUGCCCACCUCUUACACCUGCCCCGCCUAUUUCACAGAUGAAGUCAUGGCUGUUCUGCCUACAGGAGUGCGGAGGCGGGCGUUAGAGCAGAGGGAGGCGGUGCGAGGGAUCCACUGCUUUAACCAAGACUUUUUCAGAUCCCUGCAGCCAAUCCUGAGUCAGCCUGUGGAGGAGGUGUUGACAUAUGAAGCCUUGAGGUGGGCGUGGUGUAGCGUCAACACGCGCUCUGUCUUCAUGUCCCGCCCGUCCAACAGCUUCCUGUUUGGACAGGAUGUUUUUGCUUUAGCUCCAUUUCUGGACUUGCUCAAUCACCGUCCUGACGUGCAGGUGAAAGCAAGUUUCAAUGAUGCAACAAGAUGUUAUGAAAUCAGAAGCGUUUCUGGGACACUCUGCUACCAGCAGGCCUUCAUUAACUACGGCUCCCAUGAUAGCCAGCGUCUGCUGCUGGAGUACGGAUUCGUCUCCCCAUGCAACCCCCACAGCGUGGUCUAUGUGGAUCCAGAUCUCCUCACUGACGUUUUAAGAGGUGACAGGAGUUUGGAUCAGAAGAUGAAGUUCCUCAGAGAAAAUGACUUCCUGAAUAAUCUCAGUGUGUCCAGUGAAGGCCCCAGCUGGAGGCUGAUGACGGCUCUUAGACUGCUGUCACUGCCACAAACACUGUAUCACCACUGGAGGGCGGUGUUGCUCGGCCAGGUGUUGUGUGAAGAGAGAGAGCAGUGGAGCGUCCAGACAGCUAAGACUCUCUGUCAGCGACUACUACAAGACACACACACUGCUCUGGAUAAGAUCUCCCACCUCCUCCAGCAGUGUGACCAGGCAGUCCGGGAGCAGCUCCAUGUGGUCAAGUCACUGCGGCAGGAGGAGAGGUGCAUCCUGGGAAGCUGUCUUGAGGCCCUGGAAGACACGCUGAGACAACCAGAUGAACUGUUGUCAUGCCAACCUGAUGUUGACACCGUGAGCUGACAUGUUUGGUGCUCUGCCUUGCCGGCUGCUACAAUAAGCAAGGUUAUGAACUGCUGAUGCCAGUCUCAUGCUCCUGCUGUGCUGGUCGAGCAGCGUGGCUGACGGAGGCAGCUGGACUACAUGAAGUCCUGGAACCACAGCGUCACAGGUUUGAUUCCAGCUGUGCUGAAACCAGGCUGCCUGGUAUUAAUGGCCCCGAGCAAGACAGCAAGGCUUCCAUCACCACCAUCAGCUGAGCCAAGUAAAGGUCAAAGACACACUGCACUUCUGGACUCAUGUAAGACAAAACUGUGAGGAAUCAGAACCGAAGCAGGAGCAGAUGUGUUAAUGAGGACGGACAAAUCAGUCAUGUUGUCUUAUUUAUUUUCUGAUUAGAGACAAAAAAAUGCAACGUUACUCAACACAUUUAGUGACAGCCACAUAAUCGCACACUUGCAACUUUUAGACCGAAAUCAAGAAUUUCAGUCAUCUUUUUUAAUCAAAAAUGUGUUUAUUGAGUCAAAUGAAGCUCAUAGAAACAUAAAGUAACAAACAAAGACCAGACAGGCUUUAAUGUGGGUUGUAGACUCGUAGCAUGAAAGCCACAUGAGAUCAUACUUGUAUUCAGAAAGUAGAUGUAAAAUUUCAGGUUCCUGUGUUUUUAUCAGUGUCUUGAUGUUUCGGUCAGAGUUGAACAACCGCCUUUCCCUUCUGCUGACGCUGGACGGUCUCCAUGGCAACCGUGGCUUCGUAGAGAGGGACCGCCUCCUCAGGCUGAGGUCUGCAGAGACAGAUUGAAACCAGACAGACCGACAGAUUACAUGCACAGUGGCCUGUAACUCCUUAUUUUAUCCUUGUAGUUUUGUUGAAGACAAGUAAAAAUGUCUGCAGAGACAAAUGUAUAUAACGGUCUUAAAUCUACAAACUGAACUAUGUCUGUGUCAGGUCUUACAAUGAGAUUUGGGGACACUAUUGGGCUCUAAAAUAACACCAGGAAGCACAUCUUUAAACUGCUAUCAUGGAGAGUAAAUACAAAAGAGAUGUGUCACAAAAUGCAGUUCUUACCUGCACAGCCUUCUACUGCUUCUACAUUUAAAGCUGCACCAGCCAACAGAAAAGCGAAAAUGGCCUAAAAUCAUGUCAUGUUUACCAGCCUGCAUUUAUAUUUAUACCAGGGUUUGUACAAAGUUUGGAAAAUGCUUAAUUUUACUUGUGUUUUCAAGGUCAGGAAUAUUGUCUUUGAAAAGUAUGUGAUUUUCAACAUAGUCUGAUGUUUCAUCUACACCAUUGAUCCCCAACCCGUGGGCUGCGGCCCACUAGUGGGCCGUGGGUCAUUUGGUACUGGGCCGCACAGAAAGAAAAAAUAAUUUCCAUUAUUUUGUUUUUUCACAUAA